AAAUAUUUAUAUACACGUCUUUUUUUUUCCUUUUUCAUUUCUAGGUCUGUAGUUCCAUAGUUAUUCAACCAAAUAUCUCUCUCGCAGUCUCAAACUUCAAUGGCUCACCAGGAAGAAGGAUGGCCAUUGGGUCUGAGACCAGUAAAUGCAAGAAUCGGAGGACUCAGAAUAGGAACUCAUCACCAUAAUCAUCAUCAUCAUCAUCAUGAGCAAGUCUCUGCUGGUUCCAUCUCCUUCAGCUCUCUUCUCUCUCCUUCUCCAUCCUCUCACUCUUCUUCCGAUCUUGAUUCCCAGUCGAUGGGAUCAUUUUUCCGCGAUAGGAGCUACACUCUAGGAAAUCUAAUAGGGAUAUCAAGCUUUCUUGAACUUUCAAGAAGAUCAAACAGAACAAGGAUUGAUCAAACGGCUGCUAGAAACCAUCAACACCAGAAGAGCCUAAGAACUAAUUACAAGCCAUGGAUUUUCUCUAUAUGUUCAAAGCUAAGCACGAAUGCCACUGUCAUUUCCCAUAACAGGAUUACAAACGAAGACAAUAAUGGUGGUCGUAACAAUGUUCAGUCUCUCGGACAUUUCCUCAUGGUGGAGAGACGAGCCGUCGGAUCAACCACACGAUGAUGAGUUGUGUAAUGUGAUGGACUGAUGGUCGUCUAACGCAACACAUUCCGAUUCUACUUUGUAUUUGUGUUUUUUUUUUUUUUGUCUUAUUUGGGAGUUUGGAAUCAUUCUCCCUUGCAUGAGUUGAAUCAAUCAGUAUGCAUGUGAUAUGAAUUCUUGAGUAGGGAAGUUGAUAUUAAAAAUGAAUAACAUUUUCUAUGUC